AUGUCUUCGUGUAUAUUUAUACUAGAUGAACAACUGAAUCCUUUAAUCCUCAAGAACUUUAAGUCUGUUCAUAAUUGCGAAGCAUUCGCACAUUAUUUCAAAAAGGUAUACAAACAAGAGUCCGGACCCAUUAUAUCACAUAGAGGAAUCGUAUAUGUCAGCAUAUGUCGUGACGGUCUUUUCUAUGUUUCAGUGGUCCUUAAUGGACUUGCAUUCAACGUGAUGGCCAUAUUGGUAUAUCUGAGCGAGUUGAAUACGUUACUCAAGAGAUACCUCCGGAUUGGAAAGAUUGACAAAACAAGCAUUAUGGAUAACUUCAAUCUCGUAUACGAGCUUUUGGAUGAAAGUUCAGAUUACGGAAUUCCUCAACUGACAGACUAUAAUAUUAUCCGCGAUUUUAUAAAGAUCAAGCCGAACCUUUCUGUCCAGGACACGGACUCGCACCAUUCCAAGAGCGAAGAAAGCGAUGACGAUAACGACAAGAAAGUCUCUUCUAUAAUCAAAGAAAACAAAGACAAGUCCAACAAACAUGGCUUGCAGGAUGAUGAGCAAUAUAUGAACAGCUUCAUCCUUCGAGCUACUACUCAAGCGAUUUCAUGGAGACCGAAGGGCAUAUACUACGCCAAAAAUGAGUUAUUCGUGGAUAUCAUAGAGUCACAGGUAUACCUCGUAGAUUUGAAGUGUAACCAAGUGAGAAAAAACUUCAUUCAGGGCAAAAUUAUUUGCCGAUCAUACCUAUCAGGCAUGCCUAAAGUCAAGAUGUGCAUCAACAAAAUGUUGAAAGACAAAACCUCUUUUCUGGAAAGAACGAAAUUUCAUCAAUGCGUUGCUCUAGACUCUCUUGAUAAUCAGGAUUUCAUAGGUUUCAUUCCUCCAGACGGGGAAUUCCAGUUGUGCGAGUACAAGUUAAAACGACACAUAAAUGACGCACCCAUUGUCAAGGUCAUUAAUCACCAAGUUAUAAAGCAUAAAAGGAAAAAUAAGAUUCAAGUAGUGGUGACUGUUGAGCCUCAUUUCAAAGCGCAAAACUCGGCUUCUUCUCUGAAGAUCAAAAUACCUCUAGAUUCUGUUAUGCGAGACUACACAAUUGAUUUAAGGCGCCAACCCCGGUUCAAGUCUGACAUAGGAAGCGUCGCAUUUAAUCUAACUGAGCGCACUAUACUCUGGGACGCUGAGGGCAUGAAAGGUGGACAUGGCGAAAAGCAGUAUUCUGCGCAGGUCGAGUUCUUCUUGUUCGAUGAAGUGAAGGAGCAGGAAAGAAUAUUGGAACUCAAAGCUUCAAUGGACCCUCCACCUUUGCGCACAGGUAUACAACUAGACCAGCUCUAUGCCCAGGUGCAGCAGAAUGGCGAAGUAUCUAAGGGAGACACCUGCGACCUGAUACUCCUCGACUUUGAAGUUCCAUAUUACGCAUGUAGCGGAUUGAAAGUUGAAUAUUUGAAAGUCGAGGAAAAUCAGUUGCAAUAUCAAUCAUUUCCCUGGGUGAGAUAUAAAACGAUCAAUGACCAGGAGUACGCCUUCCAAAUAUAG